UGCUGCUGCAUUUGUUUUGUUUUGAAUUGCAUUCAAUUGAAAUCGCGUUUAGCUAUGGAGGUGGGUUAUUACGGUAUGCCAUUGGGUUUUCGGUUUCAUCCUACUGAUCAAGAAUUGGUCAGUUCCUAUCUUCGCGACAGAGCCCUCUCCGGAAAGCCCUUGGGCAAGCCGUUUAUUCAAGAGUUCAAUCUCUUCGGACAAACACCACCGUGGGUGGUUUGGGAGCAGUUCGGCGGAAAUUCCCUACUCGAUCAGGACUUGUUCUUCUUCUACGAGCUGCGUUCUAGAAGUGACAGCGAUAGCCGCAGCAAACGCCAGAUUGAAGCCGGAGGCACUUGGAGCGAAACAUCCUCCGACAAAGUUUUAGGUUUGGACGGAAUUCCAAUCGGGGAUAAAGGGCAUUUCAGGUAUAACAACAAGGGUUCUAAUAACAAUGGCGGCUGGCUGUUAGAAGAAUACAGUCUUCUUCCUAAUGUAGUUGCUGGCCCAAAGGUCGUUCUUUCCCGACUUAAAAGGAAUCUGAGGUCUAGGUGUGGAAGCAAGAUGAAUUCCUCAAGUCCAACUCACGACUUCAAUGAGAAGCCACCGAUUAAGAGGGCAAGAAAAGAAGUAUCGAAUGAGAAGCCGCUGAUUAAGAGAAAGAGAGCAAGAAAAGAACCGGGUUCACAAAAACAUUCUAAUGUGAAUGUGAUCACCAAUACCCCUGCUGUUGUGCCUUUUGUUGGAAUUGAAAGCAAUAUGAUUACUGACACUAGGUAUGAUGAUCAGGAGUGCAUAACCAACAUUAACGGCAAUAUGAAGCCGACUGAUUUCUCUGAUCCGGAUAGUGUGAUAUUGAUGAGUGAUGUUCCUUCUUAUCCCAUAUGCUUGGACAGCGACACUAGCAAUCACGACCAGGGGUGCAUAAGCUACAUUAAUGGAAAUGUGAUGCCCUUUCCCACUCAUAUUUCAGAUCAUGAAUAUGUGCCACUGAUGAGUGAUGUUCCUUCUUCUCCGAUAUUCUUGGGCGGCAGGGAAUAUCCUUUAGAUGGUGAAGCAGUGCGUGGAGACAUUAAAGAAUGGUUGACAACGCUUGAAGGUAAAUUGCCCCAGGAGUGGCCUCAAAUUGACGAAUUCAGCCAACUGUUAGAUGGGUUCAAUUACUGGACAGACUGUUUGUGGAUGAGCGAUUCUGCGAAUGAUCAAUAGAGGGACGUAGAGGUGACAGCUGCUGUCUAAUUUCCAUGGCGUGCAUAUAGAAGCACAGUGAUUACCUGGGCCUUCUUCUCUGCCGUACUGAUCCAUUGCGUGCCUUUCAUUUUGCUGCACCUCAGGUCUACCGUGUUUCCC